ACGGAAGACGUAUAUAUUCAGUAGACAAAAUGUUUUCAUCUCAAGUGGCCGUAGUCAGCAUAUUGCUGACGCUUGUGGGCGCCGAAGAGCUCGUGUUCCCACCAGGGUUCAAAUUUGGUGCAGCUUCAUCAGCUUAUCAGAUCGAAGGCGCCUGGAAUGUUAGUGACAAAACGGAGAGCAUUUGGGAUCGAGCUUUACACACGUUGCCGUGGAUGAGCACUGACGGUACGAAUGGCGACGUGGCCUGUGACUCCUACCACUUGUGGCAACGGGACAUCGAAAUGGCAGAGGAAUUGGGACUCAAAUUCUACAGGUUCUCAUUAUCUUGGACAAGGCUCUUACCUAACGGAUUUGCCAAUAAAAUCAGCGAAGACGGCAAGAACUACUACGAUAACUUGAUCAACGGUCUCUUGGAAAAAGGCAUUGAGCCACUGGUCACUAUAUACCAUUGGGACUUGCCACAAAGCUUGCAGGACUUAGGAGGCUGGACAAACCCAUUGAUCAGUGACUGGUUCAAAGACUAUGCUCGUGUGGUCUACUCCCUCUACGCAGACAGAGUCAAGACCUGGAUCACCAUCAACGAGCCCGUGGCCAUCUGCGACACCGCAUACUCCAUGGGGACCUUCGCCCCCGGCAUCAUUCACUUGGAGUCGGUCUACUUGUGCUCCAAGAAUGUUUUACUAGCACAUGCUAAAGCCUGGAGGGUUUAUGAUGAAGAGUACAAGCCUUUGUAUCACGGCAAGCUAUCGAUAUGCAACCACUGGGUUUGGUUUGAAGCUCAUACAGAGGAUGAUGAAGAAGCGGCCGAACUUUCUAGACAAUACUCGGUUGGACGAUACACGCACGCCAUCUACUCGAACGAGGGAGGGUGGCCUCCUGCCAUCGAAGAGCGUCUCAACGCGUACAAUGUCUUACAUGGCUACUCUCAUCCAAGACUACCGCCUUUUACUGACGAAGAAAAAGAACUUGUGAAAGGGACAUACGAUUACUAUGGGUUCAAUUACUACUUCAGCCUGAUGGCAAGGCGGGCGCUCCCAGGGGAAACCAUAACUCCUCACUACGUAGCCGGCAUCCGCGAGUUGGGAAUAGUUAUGGAAGCAUACCCUGACUUAUCUCCAACACUCCCACCGGCCUUUUAUAAAUAUCCAGAAGGACUGCGCAAACACAUAUCCUGGAUUCGGGAGAAAUACGGUGAUCUAGAGCUGAUGAUCGCUGAAAAUGGGUUCUACAGCACCGGCAAAAUGAAUGAUUUUGACAGAAUGGAUUACAUGCAUGAUUGUUUAGAACAGAUGUUGCUUGCGAUCACCGAAGAUGGAGCCAACGUGACUGGCUACAGCUACUGGUCCUUAAUGGAUUCCUUUGAGUGGAAUGAAUCUGGGCUUAAGUUCGGUCUAUAUCACGUAGACUUCAACUCUACGGAGCGCACGCGCAGUGCGCGGGCAUCAGCUGAUUAUUACAAAACUGUCAUCAAAAACCACGCACUGCAUUCACCGAGACCUUGAAAUUAUGCUUUAGAUGCAGUUAUUAAUUAAUAAAUGUAUUUGACGCCUUUUGACUAUAAAAUAAAUGAAUUUGACAAAUAA